GUUGCUUUGUCAAGAUGGCGUCGCUGGGAAGGAGGCGCGGUGUCCCAGUCAACAGGGAGAGGGGAGUGAUGGCGGCCACGGAGUGUUACAUCGUCCACGAGAUCUACAACGGCGAGAAUGCACAGGAGCAGUUCGAGUACGAGCUGGAGCAGGCUCUGGAGGCGCAAUACCGCUACAUCGUGAUCGAGCCCACGCGGAUCGGAGACGAGACGGCCCGCUGGGUAGCCGUGGGGAACUGCCUGCACAAAACCGCUGUCCUGGCCGGCGCCGCGUGCCUCCUGACGCCGCUCGCCCUCCCCGUCGAAUACUCCCGUUACGUGGCGCUGCCGGCUGGCGCUCUGAGCUUGGCCUGUGCCACGCUGUACGGCAUAUCCUGGCAGUUCGACCCCUGCUGCAAGUACCAGGUGGAGUACGACAGUCAGAAGCUCUCGCGGCUGCCCCUGCACACACUCACCUCCUCCACGCCGGUGGUUCUUGUCCGACGGGACGACGUGCACAGAAAGAGACUGCACAACACGAUAGCGUUGGCGGCCCUCGCGUACUGUGCCAAGAAGAUCUAUGAACUGUACGCUGUAUGAUCCACACACACACACACACACACUGAGGCAUACAGAUACUGAUGUACACACACAAACAAACACGCGACAGGGAGGUGAGAAGCACUACUAAACACCCUACACACACAAUAAACACAUGGACCGACAGAGAGCGUGAUCAAAAACAAACAGCAAUGCAUCUCUCUCUCUGUCAAGAUUUUUCAUCGUUUUGCUUUCGACCGGUUUAUGAUUGGACAGAUUGACGAGCGGACGGACGGAUGGAUAGAUGAGAGGAAAGGUUUUGGGCAGGGGGGCGAGCUUAUAGUUCUGAAUGAAUCUUUCCCUUUUCUUUGUACUUUAAAAGUGAAAUCACCGGUGCACUUGAGCCCCCAGUUCCUACUCCUUUCCCCUCCCUCGCCUGUCCCGCCCCUUCCUCGUCCCACAGGCCCCCCAACCGUCACCUGCCACCCACACGGAGCUCCCGCGACCGACCUGACGGACAGAGCGUGCGGUGGACAGACAGACAGACCUGUUUUAAGAAUGAAUCCUCUCUUUUCUCCCUCUGUGUAGUUUUACUGUACCCUGCCUUUGGUGCGUCACAUUUUCAUUAAACAGUAGGAGAUUUAACCUCA